UUGAUGGCCGACGAUGGAGAAACACAAAGAUGCUGAUAUAUUUAACAUGGAUUUCUGCAAAAUUUAAGGAUUUAAAGAGAUGAAUCCUCAGGAGCAGCAAUCCGAUGCGGCAGCUGAUCGAGACUUGGAAUACUAUUUCAGGCCAGGUGGUAAGCGCACAGAUGGGUUAAAGGCUGCUGACAUUGUUCCCAUCCUUAGGGAACGUGUGGCCUAUCUCUCAGGUGGUCGUGACAGACGAUUUGGAGCCAUACUUACCUUUCCAUCUCGGACACAUCCGGAGCGGUUGGACAAUGAUGACCUUCGCAAGCUGAUGACCUAUCUAGCUAGUGUUCCCAGUGAUGAUGUGAGGGAAAAAGGAUUUACGGUGAUAUUAGACAUGAGGGGCUCCACCUGGCAGACGGUCAAACCAAUCCUUAAAGUUUUACAGGAAUGUUUUCCGGGAAGUGUUCACAUAGCCUAUAUAAUCAAACCAGAGAAAUUUUGGGAAAAACAAAGAACCAGCCUUGGCAGUGCCAAAUACAACUUUGAGACGAGUAUGAUAUCGCUGGACAACCUGUCUAAGUUUAUUGACCCUUCACAACUGACCAGAGAAUUUGAUGGACACCUGGACUACAACCAUGAACAGUGGAUACAGCUAAGAUUGAUGCUGGAGGAAUUUAUUUGGAAAGCUCUCGACCUUCUGGACAAACUGGAUGACCUUGGAAAUAUCUUGACCAAUCCUGAGUUACCGGAGGACCUGAAUGGUGCCCAAUAUCGCCUUGAGGAGCAUAACCACUUAAAACGGCGUGUGACUAUGGCACCUGUGGAACAGCUCGGCAUGGAGGGGCGGCGUAUCCUACAGGAAAUCCUUGGUGACGGACAGAUGUCAGGUUCGGGUCGUCGCUUCGUGAUUUCCGGAACUGCAGACUUUCAGAGUGCAGUUCCCCAAAUUUCCCAGCUGCUGGACCGAAUGCAUGGGACGAAGCAACAUCUCAAUCAACUUUGGCAGGUUAAACGUCUCCGGCUGGAACAGUGUCUCCAACAGCGCAUCUUUGAGGAAGAUGUUGAAAAGAUGUUUGAGUGGAUCUCCCACAACAAGGAGUUGUUCCUCGUCAACUACACCGAGAUCGGCACGUCCCAUCAGAUGGCCGUGGAGCUGGAGACGGAACACAGCCAGUUUGCCAACAGUGCUGUGAACGUAUAUGUUAACAUCACACGGAUCCUGAGCAUGGCACAGCGGCUAUGUGACGCAGGCCACUACGCAUCCAACCAGAUCCGCAUGCAGGCCACGAGGCUGGAGCGCGAGUGGAAAAGUCUGGCUGCGGCCCUGGACGACUACAGUGCGGUUCUCUGUAUGUCCGUUACCUUCUACAAAAAGGCAGAACAGUAUCUUGCCCAAGUGGUGGGGUGGCGCCAGGCAUGUGAAAACCCUGAAAUCCCUUCCUUGAUUGAGGAGUUGGAAACAGCCCUACAACAGCAUCAAGGACUUAUAGAGGCCAUUAGUCAGGCCUAUGCAGAGGUAUGUGGGGAUGGAAAACAGUUAUUGGACACACUUCAGACACCGGUGACCUCUAGUAGUAUCAACAGUCUCACCGCCAAGGCAGACUACUCAGAGGCUGCUGGUCAUAUACUGGACGUUGUACACGAGGUGUUGGCCCAUCAGCGCCACCUGGAGCAGCUGUGGCACACUAAGAAGGUCAAACUUCACCAGCGACUUGGACUCCGGCUCUUCCAACAGGACGUCAAACAGGUGAUCGAUUGGCUGGACAAUCAUGGUGACGGUUUCCUACGUAAGAACACAUCCAUAGGACGGAGUUUACAAAGAGCAAAAGCACUUCAGAAAAGCCACGAACACUUCGAGUCUGUAGCUCGGAACACGAUCACCAAUGCAGACAAAUUGCUGGCGGCAGCGGACGAGCUUGCCCAGACAGGGGAAUGUGACCCAAAGGAAAUUUACAGAGAAGCACAGGAGCUGGAGGAAAGGAUGGGAAAUUUUCUUACUGCCCUGGAGCGACGCCGUGGUACGCUAGAAAUGGCGGUGUUCUUCUACACCCACGUACACGAGUUAACAUCGUGGCUCGAGGAAUUACAACAGGAACUGCAGAGUUCAGAGAUAGCGGACACCGUUGAAGGGGCCGAACAACUCCUAGGACAGUUUAACCAGCAAAGGGAGACAACUAUUGAGGCCGCCAUCAACACAGUCAGUGAGGGGGAAAAUCUGCUAGAAGAAAUCAGGGUAUUCAGUCCAGAGCCGGACAAAGUUAACCAGAAUGCUGACUACAGUCACAUUGAGGGUGUGUUACACCAGCUCAAUGAGAGUCGUACACAGUUAGAAGAGCUCUGGGCCGCUCGCAAGAUGAAGCUUGAUCUGUGUCUACAGCUUAGGCUGUUUGAAAGGGACUCUUUAGAGGUGUCCUCACAGUUGGAGUUAUGGGCGGAGGAGCUACAGCACCAGGAGUUGGUGUCUGAUGGCAGUAAGGCUGAACAGUUACUACAGCUUCACAACGAGAGUGUACUGCACAUGCAAAACUGUACCUACGAAGUGCUGCAGAGGGGUCAGGAGCUGUGCCAGAUGUUUGAAACAUCGGGGGUACAGCUAAUGGCGGACACACAGUAUGACGCAUCGUCCAGGAUACAGGCGCUACUGGAGUACCUCCACGAACGUGAGAUGGACCUAGAGACCAUUGCUGAGACAAAACGGCAGAGACUGGAGCAGUGUGUACAGCUCCGUAACUUUGAAAUUGAGGCUCGCCAGGUGAUAUAUUGGAUAGAGAAUGGAAAGUCAAUGCUGAUUAGCUGUUUCCUGUGUCCGAACUCUCUGAUAGAGGCAGAACAGCUACGCAAGGAGCACGAGCAGUUUAUGUUGGCAAUCGAGAAAACCAACGUAAGUAUGGCCCAGGUAACGGCCCGGGCUGAAAGCAUGAUCCAGGCGAGUCACUACAACUCUGACCUCGUACGAGCGAUCGCGGAGAAUGUGACCUUCACCUGGCAACAGCUGAUGUACCACACCGAGGAACGGUACAAACUCGUCAUGGCUUCCAUGAACUGGUACAAGACUGCUGAACAGGUUUGGUCAGUCCUCGAGUCGCUGGACCGUGACUACAAACGUGACGAAGAUUGGUGUAACACGGAACGAGCCAAUUCCGGAGACAAGGCCAACUACCUAGUACAGCUCAUCAACAAACACAACGAGCAAAAGGAGGCAUUCCUCAAGGCAUGUACACUGGCGAGAAGGACAGCCGAAAGCUUUCUUAAGUAUGUGAACAGGAAUCUUCACACCUUUGGCACGCAGCUCAAGUUCCGUAGUCCAGAAAAGCAUGUCAAAGCAACCUUGGACCAGCUGCUGCAGCAGGAGAAUGUAGUCAUAGAAUACUGGACUGUGAAGAAGCGUAAACUUGAACAGUGUCAUCAGUAUGUCCUGUUUGAACAGAGCGCUAGGCAGGCCCUGGAUUGGAUCCGAGACUUCGGGGAGGCCUUCCUGUCCACACAUACACAGGUUGGGGUCAACCAAGGGGAAACAGAGGCCUUGCUCAAGGAAUACUACGAGUUCCGAAACAGGGCCAAGGAAACCAAGGAGAGUGUGAAACUGCUGCUGUCUCUGGCCAACGGCUUCGUGGCCAAGGCCAACAUACACGCCAACAGUAUCAUGCAGUGGUGUUCUGCAGUGGAUAAACGCUACGAAGACUUCGCUACACGCAUGACGAAAUACAAACAGAAGUUGGAAACUACUCUAGGUGUUCAGGAAGAGAAGGAAGAACAGAAGGAAAAGGACGAACAACGACAUAGUGAUUCGUCCAUAGAGGAGAAGGUCCUCCACCAAACUCCAAAAGAACUCACUGAGGAGAAGCGGCGCUCGGCACGGCGACGAGAGUUUAUAAUGGCUGAACUACUGCAGACAGAGAGGACGUAUGUCAAGGAUCUGGAGAUUUGUAUCAAGUGUUAUCAGAACGAGAUGAUGAUUAAUACCAACAACGUGCCGCUGGGUAUCGUGGGCAAGUACAAGAUCAUCUUCUGUAACAUAGAGGAGAUACACGACUUCCAUAACAGAAUAUUCCUUAAAGAGCUGGAGAAAUAUGAGACAAUACCUGAAGAUGUUGGCCAUUGUUUUGUUACAUGGGCGGCCAAGUUUUCUAUAUACGUAACGUACUGUAAGAACAAGCCGGACUCUAACCAGCUCCUGGUGGAACACGCCGGCACCUUCUUUGAGGAAUGUCAGCAGAAGCACAAACUAAAUGAGCCGCUGGCAUCUUAUCUCAUCAAGCCAGUCCAGCGGAUCACCAAGUACCAGCUCCUGCUCAAGGACCUUCUGUCCUGCUGUGAGGCCCACACAGGGGAAAUCAAGGAUGGUUUGGAGGUGAUGGCGUGCGUACCUAAGAAGGCUAACGACGCGAUGCAUCUGUCACUGUUAGAGGGGAUGGAAGACAGUUUGGAGGCCUUGGGAGAAGUCGUCCUCCAGGACAACUUCAUGGUGUGGGAACCCAAACAACUAAUCAAGAAGGGGCGGGACCGACACAUCUUCCUGUUCGACGCGUGCCUCAUUUUCGCCAAGGACGUCAAGGACAGUAACGGGAAGGCCAAAUACAUGUACAAGUUCAAACUCAUGAUAUCUGAUGUGAACAUCACGGAGCACAUAGAAGGGGAUGAGACGAAGUUUGCUCUGUGGACGGGUCGCGCUCCGAUUUCAGACUAUCGUAUCAUACUGAAGUGUACAAACCUGGAUGCAAAGCAGACGUGGGUGAAGAAACUACGCGAGCUAAUGCAGGACCGUAUGCUGUACAUGCAAGGAGACAAGGAAGUCUUGUUCAAACAAGCACCGAAGGUCUUCCAUUCCACCAAGGAACCGGUCCUCGGACUCUACAAAGGAGAAUAUGACAUGGCUUCUCUGGACGACCUUCCGAUGGAGCGACGAGGAUCGCUGACGUCUAUGAACUCCACCGCAACCACAGGAACCACCGAUAGUAGCAGCAGCGGAGGCAUCAUCAAGGGUGACAUAAGCAUUGUGAUAGAGGAUUACUCGGCAGCCAAUAACUCCGAGCUGACAGUCCAGCGGGGCCAGCAAGUUGAAAUAUUGGACCCUGUUCCCGGAGAGCCAAACUGGUGCCUGGUGAAAUCCCUCUCUCCGCCCCCCGGGGAUGGAGAACCCAGUCAGGGACUGGUACCCUUGUCAGCCCUCAAACCCCUGCCAGUGGUACGGGGGCCUGGAUCAAGGAGCAGUAUGGAUCUCGACGAGACCCUAGGUAUGGCGGGAGAUGCAAGUCCAAGCUCCUCCAUGGUUGCGCUGAAUGCUGCCUCACCCAUGAGCAAGAGAAGACCAAGUUUCAGAAAAUGGCUGACAACUCCAGUGCGCAAGCUGAGUCAACCAAAGAUGGAGAAACAGACAGCCACCAUCUUGGAAUCACAUACAACAGUGCCACCUGAUGGUAGAAUGAUGCGACUCAAGGACCAAAAUGAGCAGCCAAAUGACCAAAUACAGUCCACAGUUUCCAUGGUGUCGACAUCCAAGCCUCACUUGGAAGAACCUGUUGACGAGGACAUUGAGGAAGAAAUAGAGUUACCUCCCCCUAUGGAAUUACAGCGUCCGUUGUUUGGACAGGAAGGGUCUCCGGAGGACAUAUCUGCAAAUUUUGCAUCUGUUUCAUUGAACCCGACUAAUCCGCCCGCUUUAGAAGUGAUGACAGAAAUGGAGCAGAAAGUUCGGGAACGCAUUGACCCGAAUGGGGACUGUAACUCGGAACAGCCGGGAUCUUCAGGGUCAGAGACGGGGAAUGACCAACCACUAGAACCCAGCGAGGAACAGCAGCAAAAAGGACUGCAGAAACGAACAUUUGUGAUACAGGAACUUGUAGAUACGGAGCGUGAUUACGUCAAAGACCUGGGAUCUUUAGUAGAGGGUUACCAGGCUUAUAUGAGCGAGAAUGAAAACACUAUUCCAGAGAGUAUGAAGGGUAUCAGUGAUGUCGUAUUCGGCAACAUUGGGCAGAUCUACGACUUUCACAGACUAACCUUUCAACCAGCCCUAGAAAAAUGUGUAGAAGAACCAGAACGACUAGGCUCAAUAUUUUCUACACAGGAGCGUAAGUUAAGGAUGUAUGUUAAAUACUGUGAGAAUAAGCCGAAGUCGGACUACAUCGUAGCGGAGCAUCUGGAUGACUAUUUUGAGGAAAUGCGUAUGAGGUUAGGUCAUCGUCUACAGCUGCCCGACCUCCUGAUCAAACCUGUUCAGAGAAUCAUGAAAUAUCAACUCUUGCUCAAGGAUAUACAAAAACACACGGACAGAAUUGGUCAGGAUACAAAAUCAUUGCAAGACGCGCUGGUCGUCAUGUGUAACGUACCCAAGGAGGCCAACGAUAUGAUGCAAGUGGGCCGCCUGCAGGGGUUUAAUGGUAAAAUAACUGCUCAAGGAAAACUACUUCUGCAGGACACAUUAUUGGUAGCAGAGGUCCAAGGUAGUGGCCAGCCUAAGUUCAAGGAACGACGACUGUUCUUGUUUGAACAGAGCGUGAUAUUUAGUGAAAUGACAGAGCGAAGACGUGGCACGUUAUCCAACCCUAGCUAUGUGUACAAAAACUAUCUCAAUGUAAAUAAGAUGGCCCUGAAGGAGGAAAUAGAGCCAGGAGAGCCACUCAGAUUUAUGCUAAUUAACCGAGCACCAGGCUCUACGACUCAGUUCAUACUACAGGCACCCACCUUGGAUAUCAAACAAACAUGGAUACGGAACAUCUCGGCCAGUUUGCAGCUCCAGAAAAUCUUUGGUGAUCGCUUGGCUAACCCUACUGCGUACCAGGAAGAUAUCACCAAAGAGUUAUUUGCACCAGAUCUUAGUAAUCCUCAAAGAGAGCCCCACCUCAGGAAGAUGCAGUCCCAACCUCAACCAACUUCAAAGGGAGACAACUCCCGCUCUCAGACGCCACCUAGUGGCCAAAUUAAAAACCAGAUGUCGGAUCCUCAGAAGUACUCACGUUGUCGCUCGGUCCCGGGGCCGACAGAUGAGUCUCCGAUAUCCCCCGCUAACUGUGAUCAGGAUAGUAACCCACAGGGGCCCCCCAUGAGGGAGGCCUCGCCUAAACCUAAACAUUUUAUUACAAAGAAAUCAAAGAGUGACACUCCUAUGGGCACAAGGACAGAUGUUGGUAGUAGCCCGGAUGUUGUUUACAAUAGGACUAAUUCUCGGGAGUUACCCCCCCUUGGGGGCCCCAGUGAUGGAGUAUCAGCGGGGGAAGGUGAUAGCAGUAUGCCGACGGGGGAAGUUGUACACAUUUGUAAGGUCAUCUGUGACUACAACUCCGUAAAGGAAGAUGAGAUCACAGCCCUUCGUGGCGAAAUCGUCCAGGUGAUGUCAUCAAAUCAACAGGAGAUGUUCUUUGUCCACCGUCCGGCCAAUAAAAACUCUCCCGCGGCUGAGGGCUGGAUUCCUGGCUAUGCCAUCGGGCCAAGAGAUGGCGAUGGGAGUUUGAGGAAAAGUUCUUGGCAACUGUUCAAGUUGCGGAUGCAGGGUUUGAGACCUGAACGCCGUCCGAUGGAUGGAACAGCCAGUCUGGACAGGAAGGCAAGAACACUUCCGCUCACGAGGGAGAGGUCAAAGAUUUCACCCUCGGACCUGCUUUAUGAGAUGUCGCCCACAGUUUAUCAGCCAAUGGUCAAUGUGACAGUCCAGGCCGGUGACACGGCCAUACUUACCUGUCGAGUGUGUGGACGACCACGACCUAACAUCAGCUGGUGUUUUCAGGAAACCAUUCAGAUGCUGCCCAGUCAUAAUGUUAGCAUGACAUAUACAGAGGAGGGCAUCGCUGUACUACAGAUAAACAAUGUAUCGCUGACAGACAGCGGAGAAUAUGCCUGCAAGGCUACAAGUGAGGUGGGCUCCGUGAUCACAUCAGCUGUAUUGACUGUAAUAGACCGACCAGGAGCCCCAACGAAGCCGAUGAUUAGAAAUAAGGUGGGGACCUCCGUACAUCUGGAGUGGUCUCCCCCUACUAUCGCUAGCCAAGGCAGUCAGAUCCAGGGCUACACACUGGAGUUUAGGGAAGCAGGUAACGAGACGUGGCAGGCAGCCAUUCCAUACGUUCCAAACACGUCCCAGGUAAUAGGGGACCUGACCCCUGGGUGUACGUACCAGUUCCGGGUCAGCGCCAACAACAGUGUCGGCAUGAGUGACCCCAGUAUGGCCUCGGACCCCAUCCUUAUUCCAACAGAGUAUGAACUGAGUGAGAGAGAGGAGGGUAGUAUGGCUGUUUGGAAGUCCACGUUUGAUAAUGAUUUCUCACAGGUAGAGGAAAUAGCCAGGGGGCGCUAUGCUGUGAUCCGUAAGUGUGUACAGCAGUGCUCGAAUCAGGAGCUGUUGGCCAAGUUUAUGAAUCGGCGAAUAGCGACUCGUGAGGCCGUAGAGACAGAGUUCAACACUUUACAGUCGCUACAACAUGAAAAUCUGGUCCAGGUGUUUGAUCUCUAUGAAACCACAACAAACUUCAUCAUCAUACUAGAACACUUACCAAUGGGACGAAUGUUUGAUUACAUAUGUAGCAAACCACACUUUGAUGAAGUUGAGGCAGCUUACUAUAUCCGACAACUGCUAGGUGUACUCCAGUACCUACACAACUGCCGGAUAGCUCACCUGGAUGUCAAGCCAGAGAACCUGUUGGUGGAUAGCGGGAUGCCGUCACCACGACUGAAGCUGAUAGAUUUCGGCGACGCCCGUCACAUCUACAACAACUAUUAUAUACACAAUGUGGCGGGCAGUCCAGAGUUUCUCGCCCCCGAAAUCAUCAGAAGGUCUCCUGUCGGACUCCUCACGGACAUCUGGAGUGUGGGCGUGGUCAUGUACGUCCUCCUGAGUGGGGUGUCACCAUUCCUGGAUGAGAGUCACGAGGAGACUUGUGCCCACAUCGUACGAACAGAUUACUGCUUCCCCGAUGAAUACUUCGCUGGAAUUUCUCCCGAUGCAAAAGAGCUCAUAAACACUAUGCUUGUGGAUGACCUCAAUAAAAGGCCGACUCCCAACACCUGUAUGGACAGCGCCUGGAUUGGGAAGCUUGCCAUCUCACGGUCAUCCCCUCUUCGACCAAAACCUCUGUCCACGAGUCGGCUGGCAGAUUUUGUAGAACGCAAAAAACACCAGAGUGAAGGAUGCUUUACUGGACCAGUGUCAUAACAACCAAAUUAGGACCCGAGGAUUAAUGGAUAAUUCUUGUGAUGGGACAAUUGUCCUAAUUAAAACAUGAACUUCUAAAAGACAAUUGCCUAAAACUGUGAAUUUCUCACAAGUCAUUACAUGUGUAAUGAUGAUAAUCUCACUAUAUAUUAUUGUGAUAUGUAAUUAUUUAUUACAAUUUUGUUUUGUUACUAUGGCAACUCGUAGAAGUAAUGUAUGCAGGUAUGGUAUACAUUAUUUGAUUUACAUUGUAUGUACAAUGUAUCAGGACUGUCCUAGUUCUAUUUCACUGAUAAUGUGAACAAGUAUAUUUCAUUGAAGAUUUUUAUCUUGCAUUAAUAAGCAUGGUGAGUCAUUUGAAAAUUAAACUCUUCAUGUGUUAGUUUUUUGCAAAUCAGCAAUUUUUUACAGAAAUGAAGUUAUAUAUAUAUAUAUUAAGCGAUUGAAAAAUAAAUUCAUCUAUUUACAUUCUUCAUAUCAUAGUUAUUGGUUUUUGAUGGAGAGGGUUCUUUUGUGGUUAUUGUGCUCUGCAUGGUGUAUUUUCAGUUCAUUAUGACGCGGCACUCAAUGAAUCUUAGUCACUUACGUGGUUGAUUUACACCUAGCCGCAGUGUUACUGUAAUCUUAGUCACUUACGUGGUUAAUUUACACCUAGCCGCAGAGUUACUGUAAUCUUAGUCUCUUACGUGGUUGAUUUACACAUAGCAGCAGAGUUACUGUAAUCUUAGUCACUUACAUGGUUGAUUUUCACAUAGCCGCAGAGUUACUGUAAUCUUAGUCACUUACAUGGUUAAUUUACACCUAGCCGCAGAGUUACUGUAAUCUUAGUCACUUACGUGGUUGAUUUACACCUAGCCGCAGUGUUACUGUAAUCUUAGUCACUUACAUGGUUGAUUUUCAGAUAGCCGCAGAGUUACUGUAAUCUUAGUCACUUACAUGGUUGAUUUUCACAUAGCCGCAGAGUUACUGUAAUCUUAGUCACUUACGUGGCUGAUUUACACCUAGCCGCAGUGUUACUGUAAUCUUAGUCACUUACAUGGUAGAUUUACACAUAGCCGCAGAGUGUCUGUAAUCUUAGUCACUUACGUGGUUGAUUUACACCUAGUCGCAGUGUUACUGUAAUCUUAUUCACUUACGUGGUUGAUUUACACCUAGUCGUAGUGUUACUGGAAUCUUAAUCACUUUUGUGGUUGAUUUACACCUAGUCGCAGUGUUACUGUAAUCUUAGUCACUUACGUGGUUGAUUUACACCUAGUCGCAGUGUGUUUAAAGUGCUAUGAACACAACUUUAUUUUGGUUGGUUACAUCAUAAGCAUGUGUCACAAGUGUAAAUAUAUAACGGUAUACACAACACAUGUAAUUGUUGAGUUGCAUGUAAAAUUUACGAGUGAACAGAAAUGUAAAAAUAAGCGGUCACAAUAUGCUUGCGUGUUCUUAAAUAUUUAUACAAAAUUAUAUGAUAUGAUAAUGGGUUUUUAUAGUCUUGAUUACAUAUUUACUCAUUAUAAAGUCAUGAACUUGAUUGUAAUAUAUUACUAAAUAAACUCACAUUCUGUACAUGUUGAUGGUGUCUGUGAUGAGUCUGUACACAUUGAUGGUGUCUGUGAUGAACUCAAUACUACAAUACACAGUCUGUACACAUUGAUGGUGUCUGUAAUGAACUCAAUACUACAAUACACAGUCUGUACACAUUGAUGGUGUCUGUGAUGAACUCAAUACUACAAUACACAGUCUGUACACAUUGAUGUUGUCUGUGAUGAACUCAAUACUACAA